AUGGGAAGAGGACCAAAGAAGCAUUUGAAAAGAUUAGCAGCACCAUCCCACUGGAUGUUGGACAAAUUGUCCGGUGCCUAUGCUCCAAGAUCAUCGGCUGGUCCACACAAGUUGAGAGAAUCAUUGCCCUUGAUUGUCUUUUUAAGAAACAGAUUGAAGUAUGCCUUGAACGGUAGAGAGGUCAAGGCCAUCAUGAUGCAGCAGCACGUUCAAGUUGACGGUAAAGUCAGAACCGACGCUACUUUCCCCGCUGGAUUCAUGGAUGUCAUCACUUUGGAAGCUACCAAUGAGCAAUUUAGAUUGAUCUACGAUGUCAAAGGUAGAUUCACCGUGCACAGAAUCUCGGCCGAGGAAGCUGCUUACAAGUUGGGCAAAGUGAAGAAAGUCCAGUUGGGCAAAAAGGGAAUCCCAUACAUUGUCACCCACGACGGUAGAACCAUCAGAUACCCAGACCCAUUGAUCAAGGUCAACGACUCAGUCAAGAUUGACUUGGCCACUGGCAAAGUCACCGACUUCCUCAAGUUUGACCACGGUAGAUUGGUUAUGGUUACCGGUGGUAGAAACAUGGGUAGAAUUGGUGUCAUCACCCACAGAGAAAAGCACGAAGGUGGCUUUGAUCUUGUUCACAUCAAGGACGCGUUGGAAAACACUUUCGUCACUAGAUUGGGUAACGUUUUCGUUAUUGGUGAAGAAGCUGGUAAGCCAUGGGUCUCUUUGCCAAAAGGUAAAGGUAUUAAGUUGUCUAUUACUGAGGAAAGAGACAGAAGAAGAGCCCAACAAGGUCUUUAA